GAGGAAGAAGAGGAUGCAGUGUUCAGAGUGAUGAAGGAGGAGGAGGACGAGGUCACAGUGAAAGAAGAAGAAGAGGAGGAAGAAGAUUUCAAAAUUAUAAAGGAGGAAGAGGAGGAGGCUAUUACAUUGAAAGAAGAGGAUGUUCUAGUGAAAGGAGAGGAAGAACCUUUUAGAGUGGAAGAGGAGGAGACUGAAGAUCAGAUUGACACCAGAGAGAGACCAGACUCUCACUCUGACAGCGGGAAGAGUCCUUCAGUGGCACCGGACUCCGAGACGUCCAAACCAGCAAGACCACAUCACUGCUCCCACUGUGGAAAGAGUUUUUGGUGGUUAGGGCACCUUAGACACCAUAAGAGAACGCACACAGGGGAGAAGCCCUACCCAUGCUCCCAGUGUGGAAAGAGAUUUACCAUGUUAGGGAACCUGAAACAGCAUGAGAGGACACACACUGCAGAAAGGCCUUUUAAAUGUUCCCAGUGUGGAAAGAGUUUUACCUGGUUAAGGUACCUGAAUAAGCAUGAAGAAAUACAUACAGCAGGGAGGAAGACCUGCCAAUGCUCUCAGUGUGGAAAGAGAUUUACUACGUUAGGGUACCUGAAAACACACAAGAGAAUACACUCCGGAGAGAAGCCUUACCAAUGCUCCCAAUGUGGAAUGACUUACAACCAGUUAGGGAACCUGAAAUCACAUGAGAGAAUACACACGGGAGAAAAGCCCUUCCAGUGCUCCCAGUGUGGAAAGAGAUUUACUGGUUCAAAGAACCUGAAAUUGCAUGUGAGAAUACAUCGUGAUAAACAUGCAAAUACACAGGAGGAGGAGGAAAAGACAUACCACUGCUCUCAUUGUGGAAAGACAUUUUCCCGGUCAGAGGACCUGAAAUCACAUGAGAGAAUAGAGAGGCUGUGUUCCGACUUGAGUUUUUGACUUAGAAUGUGUUACUUCUUCAAGCCACAUGAAAUCAUAUUGUACAUUGAGUACACCAAACAUUAGUAUCACCUUCCUAAUAUUGAGUUGCACCCCCCCCCAUUUUGCCCUCAGAACAGCCUC